GCGGAUUAAACUUUGUCUCAGUUCGGGUUGCACACCGCGGACACGCGCACACUGCCCGCUCUUUCUGGAGGUUUUUCUUCGUCUCUCCGUUUGAUUUUGGAUCCUUUGGACUUUACGCACUGGACCUGUGGACGCGCCAUGGCACGCUCGCUGCUGCCGUGUCUCCUGCUGCUCGCCUCGGCACAGACGGCUCUUACCGCUGGAGUUUUCGAGCUCAAGAUCGACUCCUUCACCAGCUCCAGCGGCAUCUGUGGCCAAAAGUCUGAGGACUGCCUGGUUUUUUUCCGCGUGUGCCUCAAACACUCGCAGAACGUUAUUAACCCGGAGCCGCCGUGCACGUACGGCGACGCGCUCACGGAUGUCUUCGACGCCGACUCCAACUCCAUCUCCGAGAGCGAGCCCAUAAGAGUGCCGUUUCCCUUCAAGUGGCCGGGGACCUUCUCUCUGAUCAUUGAGGCCUGGAAGGCGGACGCUCCAGGACGCUCCACAGAGAAUCAGAACAACCUGAUCAGCCGGCUGGCCGCCCGCCACAAGCUGAGGGUCGGAGAGGACUGGACCAAGGGCGAGAACACCAGCAACCAGAGCGAGCUGCGCUACUCCUACCACGUCGUGUGCAAUGAGUUCUACCACGGGGAGGCCUGCUCCGCCUACUGCCGGCCACGCAACGACACCUUCGGCCACUACACCUGUGACAAGGAAGGGAAGAUUAACUGCCUGGAGGGCUGGAAAGGAGAGUACUGCACAGAGGCCAUCUGUGCAGGGUGCAGCGAGCAGCAUGGUUUCUGCAAGUCUCCCGGGGAGUGCGUGUGCCAGCAGGGCUGGCAGGGCAAGAGCUGCGACGAGUGCGUCCGACACCCCGGCUGCAAACACGGGACCUGUAAGCUGCCCUGGCAGUGCGACUGCAGGGAGGGCUGGGGCGGCCUGUACUGCGACCAAGACCUGAAUUACUGCACCAACCACAAGCCGUGCCAGAACGGCGCCUCCUGCACCAACACCGGCGAGGUCUUAGCAAUCAGGGAGGAAAAAACAAAGAGUAAUCAGCUGGUGUGCAUUUCCAAAAAAGCGUUUUUCUCCACAACUGAGGUAAAGGUCAGGGUCGGGGUCGGGGUCAGGGGUCAGGACUCGGAGAACGAUUACUCCUGCACGUGCCCUCAGGGUUUCUACGGGAAGAGCUGCGAGAUCAGCGCCAUGAGGUGCGCCGACGGGCCGUGCUUUAAUGGAGGCACUUGCAUGCAGGAAGACGCUGGCGGGUACACCUGCCGCUGCCCGUCCAACUUCACAGGCUCCAACUGUGAGAAGAGGAUGGAUCGAUGCAGCAGCAGCAGCCCCUGCACUAACGGUGCUCAGUGUUUCGACGUUGGCAACAUCGUCAUGUGUCGCUGUCAGCCAGGCUUCGCCGGCUCUCGCUGCGAGACCAACAUCGACGACUGUGCCAGCAACCCCUGCAGGAACGGCGGCACCUGCUUCGACAGAAUCAACAACUACAGCUGCACGUGCACCCUCGGCUUCUCCGGCAAGGACUGCACGGUGCGCGCCAGCCUCUGCGACCAGUUCCCGUGCGAAAACGGCGGCACGUGUUUCACCCACUUCACCGGCCCCGUGUGCCAGUGCCCGCGAAACUUCAUGGGCACGCGCUGCGAGCACUCUCUCAAGCCAACUGUGAAACCGGCCGCGACUGGAGACCCUCCAGCGGCCAUGAUUGCCGCUAUCGCUCUGGGAAUAGUGACAUUUUCCCUGCUGGUGUGCGCCGCCAUCUUCGUUCUGCGCCACCUGUACCGGGGCAGGGAGCUGAGAGCCCUUUCCACGUCAGUAAAAAACGACCUGGAGACGGUGAACAACCGCAACGCAGUGAUUGGCGGAGGGGCGCCCAAGAACGGGAGCUUACCGGGAGCGACUCUGGGCAGCCUAAAGGAGAAAGAGGCCUUUCUCCUCCCGGGAGCUCAUCUUAAAAUGUCCAAUAAGGAUGUAGCGCUGGUGGACAAGGGCAGCGACAACGUGGCCAUGUUUAAAAACAAAAUGGCAGACUACAACCUGGCGAAGGAGGAGCAGCACCUGGACAAGAACAAGUUUGACCUUAAGAAAUGCGAGCCGUCCGUCAUCGUCCCUCCUCUCAGUUUUGCAAAGGACAGUCUGUAUCACUCAGUGUUCAUCAUCCCAGACCAGCUGGAACAGUGUGUGUUUGCUACUGAGGUAUAACCUGAGAUUUUUCAGACCACCAGCAAAGGAUCUUUUCUGCUGAGGGCCUGAAAGCGUUUUGUCCAGAACAGUAUACCCAGAGGAUCUAUUCUCCACACAGUUUCUUAAUUUAAUAUUUAUUACUGCUGCUCAAUGGAGAGACUUCUGUUUUUUUAGUCUGCUUGGAUACUGUCAAUGUUCGGAUGGCAAUGAGAAGACGAGGGAGGAAAGACUGAACGUCCGGCAUCAUUUGCACUAUUCAUUCUUUAAAUCUUGCCCUGACCUUCUGUCUCUGCACGCUUUCUUAAUCUUCUGGAUCCACGAUCGAAACGAUCGAAGCGAGAAUCGUCCGCCUCUCACACAGACGGGUGCCUUAGCUAUGCUCCCUAAUUUCGCAAUCAUCAGAGGACCUGCUCGCAGAAAUGGGAGGCAAACCUUUUUCUUUUAGGUCAAACAGCCGUACCUUUCCACAGAUAAUGUAUCUGUGACCUGGGCCGGAUAGUUUGUGAUGCUUCUGUCGUCCACCUUCAAUCGCCGUUCAAUUUUUCCUGUUCAGUAAGAACAAUAUCCGCCUUACAAUCACCAAACCUGCAGAACCCAAAGUGCCUCUGUCCCUAAAAACAUCAAAAAGACUUGAAGCCAGCAAUCAGAGCGAGAACUUCACUGUCUGAUGUUCUCCCAGAAGACUGGACGAGUUUUAUUAUGGUUUUAAUGGUAAGUUGUGUUCAAAUCCUGAGCUGAGCCUGUCAGUCCGCCCAUCUCUGAGUUGUAUCUCCAGCCUUCAGCCCUGGAUAUUAAUCCCUGUGUAAAUGAUGUUUCAGGUGAACUGUGGGGGGGCGUUGUUCCCCUAAUAACAAUCAGCUGUUUCCUGCCUUUCCGCCUUGUGAAUUGAAAGAUAAUCAAAGUCGAACCGUUGGGCUGGAUUCAUCGUACGGGUCCAUUUUUUCCCGGCUGAAUUUUAUAUUUCUAUUAAUCAAAAAGCUAAACUUCAAAGCUGCCUUCAUGAAACCGCUGCAGACCCACUUCAGUCGGUCUGACGAUAAAAACGCCGCUGACGGGUUUUUUUGCUUUUAUAUAAGAAAAAAAGAAAACGUUUUAUAUCAGUGAAGGACUCCAAAGAGAGUUUUUAUUCCUUUGUUUUUUUUAAUAAUCCAUUUGAUACCAAAAAUAUGUGUUGUUCUUGUGUAGACGUGUCUUUGUAUUAUCUUCAUUAAUUUAAGAGAACAAUGCAAUGUGUACAUACCUCCCAGAAGAACGUUUUCCUAUUUAAUUUCGCUCGUUGUAAAUAAUUUUGUAUUUAUGAAAGAGAAUUGUAUAUAUGUCUAUGUUAAUGUGCCUAAUGUCUCCAUCAGAAUCAACAAAUAUAUAUUUUUCUUAAAUAAAUUAGAAAAAUAAUAUUAA